UUUUCAUCUAUUCACACGCAAUAACUACAUACUUGUUUCCUUUUUGGAUCGAAGCGUGAAAAAAUGUGAACUAAAUAAAAAAAAAUAGAAAACAUCUGCAAGCACUUAAAAUACUUAAUUCUUGAAAAAUAAAAAUUUAUAGUAUUACUUUUUUACAAUUAUACAACAAGAAAGGGAAAUAAUUUAGUUUUAAGUAGAAAAAUGUGUGCAAAAAUCAAAUAACUACACAAACAAACGAGGAAAAAUGUGUGUAUAUAAAAAAUAACAAAAAUAAAAAACUUUUCGGUUUGGUUUAUAUGUGUGUGAAUGUGUGCUAGAGUUGUCCCAGCUGGCAGUUGUAUAAAGAAAUAAAAAUGAAUGGAUGUAUCUUAAAGAUAUAAAUGUAUCCAAAGAAAUAAAAUAAUUUCGUUUGAAAGUACAUAAUGCAAAAAUGCAAUACCAUAACUGUCCCAGACAAUAUUUCUUCUUUCAAUGCCACAAUAUCAACAAAAACCACAACAUCGAGAGCCGCAGCAGCAGAAAAAACUUCAUUAACGUCAACGCCGACGCAAGAUACAAAAACAAAUAGGUUGGUUGUCAUUAACUCGGCCACUACUGCUCUGCAUAAGCAUAAUUAUUAUCAUCCACUACAGAAACAACAACAACAACGCAGACGACGAUCAUAUUUUAAGCGUGAACCGAUAUUCGUACUCAUCAUAAUGCGGUUAAAUUUGAAGGCAGUUUUGUUAUUACUGACAGUAGCUGUGGUUGUUAUAACAUGUGCCGUUUAUAUGCGCUGUGCCGAAUUUAUAUUUCCCCGUGACUUAGUUAGACAUUGGGAUCCCAAGCUGUAUGCCGUUGGCGGUGGUUUGGAUCUACUCAAUACCAAUAACAUAGAAGGUGAUGGCGGUGGUGGGGGCGGGUCUAGUGACAAUUCAGUACCAUUACAGGACAUCAAGUGCCUAAUAAAUCAAGAGUAUACCAUAAAUUGUAAACGUGAUGAAGAGGCCCACGAAAUCUAUGUGCCUUUUUCAUUUUUGCGCACAUAUUUCGAUAUAUCCGGUUCGAUGAGUAAUCCCUCAUCGCCGCAGACCUUGGAGGCAAUGAAUAAUGAUGUACUUGCUGGUGGUGGGGGCGGAGUUGCCGAACCACAAUUCCUGUGGAUGCAUAGUACGGCAAAAAUUAAUUUACCCAAGGCCAAAUAUGAUGCUCGCGGUCUAUUUAUGUAUUUCGAGAAUUAUAAUGUGGAGGCUCGAGAUCGUGUCAAAUGUAUAAGUGCUGCCGAGGGUGUACCAAUCAGUACACAAUGGGAGAAACGGGGCUACUUUUAUCCCACACAAAUAGCGCAAUUUGCUUUGUCACAUUAUAGUAAGAAUUUAACAGAACCGGCACCGAGGAUAAAUAUACUGGAAAAUGCCGAUGAUGUACGCAACACUUGGCAAAUACCAAAAGGCAGUAAUCUCUCACGCAUUUGGCAUCCGAAAUUCAACUCAACUGUCAUCCAAUACGAAACUGGCGCUGAUUUUGACAGUGCCAUUACCCUUAAUAAUAUCAAUCAAGCCAUGGACUUGGUCUUGAGCGUUGAUUUACUCCUAAUAACGAACAGCAGCAGCCUAUUGGUUACCAUUGAAAAUCAUGAAACCAAACGUACUUAUCGUGUUCAUUAUAUACCUGCCGAUUUGCUGCUAAGUGUACAAGAUGAUAACAUCUAUUAUGGUUUGGGUGGAACACAAACUCUCAAUAAAUGGCGACACUUGACGCGCGACCUGCACAUAGAUGUACAAAAGGGUCUGGCUCUGGAGUCACCGAAAAAAUCCUCCUUAGCGAAUAAGGUUAAACGUUCCGAUCUACGUGUUGUCUCCAUUGCAUUUAUGGGCAUUGGUUUCUUCGAUAAUGUCUCACUGUCCACGAGUAAUCAUUUGGCACAUUUUUACGAUGCAGCCGAAUGGUUUAUUUCACAUCAAGACUUGCGAACUGGUGGCUGGCCAAAUCCAGUGCGACGUAGUUUAAAUGGUUUUGCUGAACUAAAACCCGGCUGGCUAUCGGCCAUGGGUCAGGGCCAUGCAAUAUCGGUGUUGGCUCGUGCCUACUGGCAUUCGGGUGAUAAACGUUAUUUAAGGGCUGCCACAUUGGGUCUGAAACCGUAUCGUGUACUCUCGAAAGAUGGUGGGGUGCUGGCGCAGUUUAUGGAUAAAUACAAUUGGUAUGAAGAAUAUCCAACAACGCCAGCUUCAUUUGUAUUAAACGGUUUCAUAUAUUCCCUGUUGGGUCUAUAUGACCUAAACACCACGGCGCCCUCCUUUAUUGCCAAAGAGGCUGGCAAACUCUUCGAUCAGGGUAUGUUGUCGCUAAAGAAAAUGUUGCUGCUAUAUGACACCGGUUCGGGUACCAGUUACGAUUUGCGACAUUUAAGCUUAGGCGUUGCCCCAAAUCUAGCACGAUGGGACUAUCAUGCAACACAUGUUAAUCAGCUGCUCUUGUUGGCCACCAUUGACAGCGAUCCCAUUAUUGCACAAACGGCCGAACGUUGGAAGGGUUACAUGUUUGGUAAACGGGCAAAACAUAAUUAGUACUUUUUUAGUUUCCAUUUGAAUUUUGCUUUACACAAAUUCCUCGGUACCAUUUCUUUUGGUACUCUAUUGUCUUUUCCUAUGCUCUUGGAAAACAAAAAGCAAAAGAAGAAAUGAAAAAAAAAAAACAAAAGUGAUAUCGCACAUCUUAACUUAAGUAUUUUGUUAUUUAUUUUUGUACUUUGAUAAACGCUGAGAUAUGACGAAGGAGAAAAAUAACACAAAACGAAAAAAAAACAGACUUUCCUAAAGCAAAAAAUGUUUUUUUAGAAUUUAUGAUGAAAUCUAUAUUCUUGUCCACUUUUUUUAUUUUUUCGUUUUAAACAUAACCAUACUGUUCAAAACAGUAUUCGAAUGAUGUAGUAUUAGAUGAUUUUCUUUUUUAUUUUAUUUAAUAAGUUUUGUAUUAUAUUUUAUUGUAUGUAUGUAUUCUUUUUUUCUACUGUGUGUAUACUAUUGUUCGUAAAGAAAAAGUUUUGCUGUUUAUUUCGGUGCUUAUAAAUACUUAGAAUAUAUAAAUAUCAGUUUUUUUAUAUUAUUUUGAUACUAAGUUUUUUUACAUACAUAUAUAGAACUAAAAGUGUACCUCUUUAAUAUGCAAUUACGUAAAGAAAUGUUCUUUUUUUAAUAAACAAAAAAAAAAAAAACAAAUAACUUAAGAAACUAACUUGUUCGUAAACCUUAAGAAUAACUUAAAGCAAUAGCCAAGAUAUUAAUUUAACAUGGAUUUAAAUUUGUUAUAAUUUACACUUUGUAUUUACAUAUUACACCACUUUCCAGCCAAAGGAUAUUUUGACAGUAAUUUUUAUAUCAAAUUGUAGCUCUGACAUUCAAUGUGAUAAAAGAACGAAAACAGACAUGUGUUUUCCAGGACCAUGCCAUUAAAAAAAUGAUGAUUUUCUCAGAUUUAGUUUGGGGUUUUUAUUUCCUCCCUGAGACAGAGAUGUAACUCUUGUCAUUUGCAGGGUGAGAUAAAAAAAAACUGCAACAAAGUCAAACACUAUAAUUUUUACAUUUUUUUUAAAUUUUAUUAAAUGAAAGCAAAAAAUGUCGGAAAUAGCAUCAAAUUUUAGACAAGGUUUAGAUUUUUUCGAAUUGGUCACCUUUGGCACGAAUUAUGCCCUUCAAACGUCACACUCUGCCCGAAUGUUGUUCUGCGGUAUUUUGACCCAUUCACGGCGAAGCGCUUGCUUGAAGUGAUCGACACUUUGGUAUUUUUUAGUGCCAACCUCACUUUUCAAAAUGCUCCAUUCAUAAUAGUCCAACGGAUUGGAACCUCAUUUUGUAACCAUUCUUGGGUGGUGGGUGCUAAGUGCGAUGAUGCUGAGUCCUGUUGGAAUCUCCAAGGUCUGCGGCCAAAAUGUUUGCAUGCCCAAGGCUUUAAUACACCCUCCAGAAUAUUUUCCCGACAAUAUUCGGCAUUUAUUCUGAUGCCACGGUCGAUGCGAGCGGAGAGCGACCAUCGGCUGUUAUGACGGCCCACAACAUCACCAUGGCCAGCGCUUGAGUUGUGGUGGCCAACCAUACGUGCACAUUUUCAGCUGACCUCUUUGGCAAGUAAACACGAUCAUUUUUUUUUUUUUUUUUUUU